ACCUGUCGGGUUGCCAUGUUUGACUGCCUCAGACCUGGCAUCCCUUUCUGCCAGGCUGCCACCGGAACACAUAAACGCCCCCCUCCCUUCUUCUUCUACGGAUGCUGCAGUAAAGUUGGCCGCGCGUGCGCAAUUUCGGUCCUCUUUUUCUUGGAAGCACCCCUGACCCAUCGCACCAUGGCAGAUCCCGAUCUUGACUUCACGACUGGCGAGUCUGGCGCCUCCGCCACUUACCCUAUGCAGUGCUCUGCUCUGCGUAAGAACGGGUAUGUGGUGCUGAAGGGACGUCCCUGCAAAAUUGUGGAGAUGUCCACCUCCAAGACCGGCAAGCAUGGACAUGCCAAGGUUAACCUGGUUGGUAUCGACAUCUUCACCAACAAGAAGCAUGAAGAUAUGUGCCCCUCCACCCACAACAUGGAUGUUCCCUCCAUUAAGAGGAUAGACUACCAGUUGGUCAACAUCAAUGAUGGCUACAUGUCUUUGAUGAGCGACAACGGUGACAUCAGGGAGGACCUGCGUGUCCCUGAGAGUGAAGUGGGCAAGGAAAUCGAGGCAAAGUUCGAAGCCGGUGAUGAAUUCAUGGUCACCGUGAUUUCUGCCAUGGGGGAGGAAUGUGCUGUCGCUACCAAGGUCUUGGCCAACAAAUAGGGAGACGGACUUUGCUGCCCAGGCAACAAGCACCACCCACAACCAGUCUCUUGCAUUCUCAUUGGUUCUGUCACCAAAGCGUCGGCCUUCACAGACAACCUCAAUCAUUCUGUUGUGAUUCCCAUCAUUGAUCUUUUUUUUUUUCUCCCCCUUUCGUUUCUCUUUUCCAUUGCUGUUGGGUAGUUCCACUGCAGCUCGCUGCGUGGUCCUCUGCCUGAUCACUGAGGUUUUGUUUGGCAAACAAUCUACUUUAUAUAAAACAACUUCAAAAAUAAUGAUCAGUUGCUCAUUCCUGCUUAUUUUUGCCUUCAAAGUGUUGGUUUUGCCACUCACAUUCCUGAAUGUUUAAAUAACAACGGGAUUCAGCUUUUGUAUGAUUAUUUUUUUAUAUUCUUGAAUAUAGCAGGUCUAAAGCCUUUUAGAGGGAGUGGGAGGGGAGGGGGGGCAGUUUUUGAGUUAUUAAAGCAGUGGGAGGGAGGGGUAGCCCCUGUAGAUGCUAAAUUCUGGUUUAGGCCGUCCCUCUAGCAGCCAUACCGCUUUCCAGCAUGGCCUUUGCUCUGUUUCCUGAGUGGAUUGGGCUCGACAAGGUCCGUUUUUCCUCCUAACUGCUGGGAUUGGUGGUGGCUAGCACUUAUGAGCACUUGAGGUCCACCCCAGCAUGUCAAAGCUCUAAAACCAAGAAAAGAGAAGCGUUCUUUUUUUUUUUUUUCCCUCCCCCCUAA